UCACAGAAUUCACAGCUCGUUCUGUUUUUCUCACGAAUAAAUAUCAAUGAGAUAUAUAUUGAUGAAUCGUUACGGUUUUUGUAUGAUUAUUAAAGAAAACAAAAAAAUUUAACAAAAUGAUGCGAUACGAGCGUGAAAAUGAAGAGCUUAAAGACAAAACACGUUGCGCGGGUGUCAGAGCUAAUUUAAAAAUGUGUUUAUUAGAAAGUGAUUGUUGUAAAAUCCAUAAAAAAACACCUAAAGAAUGUCUUAAAGUAACUGAUGGCAGUGUACCUGAUGAAUGUCAAUCAUUACGUAUACUUUUAUAUGAUUGCAAACGUUCGAUUAUUGACGCUAGAAGACGAUUUCGUGGUCCCAAAGGAUAUUAAAAAUUUUUUAUUAGCAACAAAAUAUCAUUUGGAACAAAGUUCCCCUAAUUAAGCUCAUGAAGAAAAAAAUCAUCAGUUAGUUUUAAUUAUUUAUUAAUUAUCUGUAAAAAAGUUAUUUAUAAUAUUAAUAAUAAUAAUAAUUACAAUAAAAAAAUCUCAGGAAUGAUUGGUCGAUAAUUAUUAUAUUUAUUUUAGCAUAAUUCAAUAGAUAGUAAUUACAUUAAUAAAUAUAGGCAGAACAGUUAGGUUUAAUAAUUGAAAUUUUUUCGAAACAUGUAAUCACAGUUUGUGUUUAUGUUUUAUGCAUCAUUAUUAAAUACGCACUUUAAUCACAGUUAUUAUUUAUCAAGGCUCUUUAUUUUAAUGGUAAUAUUUUUUUCUUGUUUAAUUAGGGCUCUUGUUAUUUGUUAUCCUCACAAUCAGUGACUACUGUACUCCAUUUUAAUUUAUUAUUUUUUAUUAAAAACAAUUUAGUAAAUUAAUAACUAACUAUUGUCAAAGCUUCGGCAUUUAUCUAAUUAAAUUAUUUUAUUUAAUGAGAAUCUAAAUUUUUUUAAAUCUAGAAAAAUUUAUUAUUUCUUUGAGCCUCUUUCACUAUAAAAAUUUAACGAGCAUAAUAAUUAUGC